GACCCCCAAUCUCUGGAUGCCGCUGUGCAGAACACCUUGUCAGGGCUCUUCCCUCCCUUCGAGGUCACAGCUCCCACGGUGCUGAGCCAGCUCUUCCGGGUCCUGGAGUCCAAGUACCACGGGGAUGGGCUCUGCUGCCUCCUGGACUUCCUCAUCCCUCUGAAGCGUCUCCUGGAGCACAUCCGACAAGCUGCCUGCGCCCCCUACUCUGGCUGUGUCUUCCUGCAUGAAGGCUGGCCCUUGUGCCUCCAUGAGAAGGUGUCCGUCCAUCUUAGCCCUUUGAACCCCCUCCUGCUCCGACCGGGAGACUUUUACCUCCAAGCCGAGCCUUGUGGCGAGCAGUCGGCCUGCCUGGUGGUGAAGUGUCUCUCCAGGGACUUGACCACCGUUGAGAAGAUCUCCAUCCCUGAUGCCUCUUGCUCGUGGCUCUUCACCGAAGCCUGGUUGGAGGACAUCAACCGGGACCUGGAGCGGCCAACCCUGCGCACCUGCCUGGUGGCCACCGGCAAUGGCAUUGUCCCCGUCCCAUGGAAUAAAAUAGCGACCCCAGAGUUUGUCCAGCUCCCCAAAGCAGAACCUCCCAUGGAGAAGGACGCCGUCCAGCCUGAGCCUCCAAACCACCCCAGCGGUGGAGACCAGGCCUCCAAACCAUCUCAAGGCAAGUAUCCUGGACUCAUCAAGGUGGACCGUGGCUCCUGGAAGAGGUCCAACCUCUUUGUGGUGCCCAGCCUCUGCGACAUCAUCAGCGAGAACCUGGAAGGCGAAUAUGUCAACCUGGUGGAGUUUUCAGAAGAACCUCCCAAGGUUGAGAUGUCUUCUCCAUCGGUGGCUCCUCAUCACCUUCCACCAGAAGCGGAGAAGGUGCUUCUUCAACCCAAUGGGAAACCUGGCCCUCUGGGUGUGGCCUGGGAUUGUGGGAAAGAGCAAGAUUUGGAGGAGGGUCCCUGCACCCCCUGUCUGAGAAGGAAACUGAGCCCGGACUCCAAGACCCAUGAGCCACGGUGCCGUUACCGAGACUCCUACAUGGCGGCUCUCCAGAACCCCAUCAGCUUCAACUCGGGGCUGAUGGCGGCCAUAUUGGAGGAAAUGGACUUGAACCAAGCAGCAGACACGGAGGUCCAGCCGGAUGAAGGGUCAGGCCAGCUGAUCUCGCCGAACCUCUCCGGACACCCCAACAAGGACAGGAAAACAGAGGAAAUCCCCAGGUCGGGGCCCACGAAACCCGCCAAGUCUCCGGCUGAAGGUCCGGCAGUCAGCAGUAAAUUCUCCUUCCUGAAAGGCCACCGUCCCUUGGCCUCUUCUGGGGAGGGGUCUGCGCCCCCCGAAAAAGCUGGCAAGGGGCCCGAAGGGCCUCGGAAGAAAACGUCGAUGGUCUCCUCUCCCAAAGUGGCCAGAGUGAAGCCAGCAGCCGGAAAGGGUUCCAGUCAGACCGAAGUUGCAUUCGGGGAACUUUCCAGACCCGUGAAUGUGGACGCUGUUGGCGUAACCUCCUCCAGCACCGAUACCUCGAUCAACGAGCCGCUUGUCCCGGGAUCGAGUCCCUCCGCGUCGGUCCCGUGGGAUCUGCUCAACUCCGAGCUUUUAUCUUCGGGGAUCGCCCGUCUUCCAGGCAGCGUGGACAAGCUCGGGAGGCCCGUGGUCGAAAUCCCCCAAAACGGAGGAGGCUGGCAGGACCCUGGGAUCUCCGCCAAAGAGGUGGCACGGCUUCUACUCUGCCUUUGCUCCAUGGCCAGGAAGCGUUCCCACGACCAGGCGGUGGUCAUCCUCGUUGAUGCCAGAAAGGAAGCUCCCCCUCUGACGCUCCCCGCAGCCUUGGGAUCUCUCCAGAAAACUUUUCCUGGAGCCAUCCAGGUUCUCCUGCUGGUGGCGGAGAAAGAGGCCGCCUCUCAGGUGGAGAAGUUCCACGGCUUACAGGUGGAGACCGUGACUUCUCCGAAAGCUUUGACCCGCCACGUGGACAAUAGCCAGCUGACCCAGGCCUUCGAUGGUCACUUCCCCUACAACCACAGGGAAUGGGUCCAGUUCUUCCAGAAGGCGCAUCAUUUUGUCGAUGGUCUCAAAAAGGCCUCCGAGUUGUUACGGACCACCACGCAGGAGCUGGAGAAGGAAGAGGGCCUGGAAACCUUGCAGGUACGGAGGAUCUGCUGGAGUCCUCUGGAUGUGGGCAUUUCAUUCGUGGAUCACGGAUCUUUUCGGUCGCUGGUUGCCUUCUGUCUCCCACAGGUUCACUACAACCAGGGCCUCUCCUUAUCCAAGGAAGCUGCCAAGAUCCAUGGGUUCAAGUUUCCUGAGAUGGCCACUUUUGAGGCAGCCAAGGGAGCUUUCCAAGCUAAGCUGACCAUGUUCUAUAUGGACAUGGAGAUGAAAGAGGCCGAGUUGGAGACUUUCCUGGACCUCUACAGAUUCUGUGACCAGGUCACGGCGUUUCACCGGGACUGCAAGCAACAUCUGGCCCGGUGGCAGGCCAGGGAGAAGGACCUCAACGUCGUGGAGGUCCAAAAGGACACCGAAGAUGCUCUCCGGCGAAUGUCCGAGGACUUUUCAGAGGAGAAGUUCCAGCAGGUGAAACUCCAAGCCUCCAGCAUGCACAGCGAAAAAGGUCGCUUGAUCUGGAGCGAUGCCUUGGAACGAAGCCAAGAAGCCAAGCGGAUCCUGGAGGACCUUCUGGUCAGCCUCGAGGAGGCCAAGGGAAUCACGGCAGGAGACUACGGGGAGAAGAGAAGCCCUUCCGCCCCUAACUCAUCUUCGUCAAUCCCAGUUGAUGUCCUCACCGUUGAUGAGACGUUGGAGGCCACCAACAACCUGGAGCCCUUCUCCAAAGAAGCCACGGACAGAAUUGAUUCCUCUCCAAAGAAGCCCUCAGAUAUGGAUGUGAGAGGCCACAAGGAAGCUCCUCCAGGUACCAUCUUGGAAUUGGGUGGGCUUGACCACCGGGAUUUGGCCGAGGAGCCCUCCGGAAGACCUCAGAGGGCCUCCUGGGAUUCUUCUCUCUUGUGUCGUUCUUCUGCCUCUUCUCCCAAAGCCGAGCCAAUGCCAGGAACCAGGGACACUCUACCACCCCUAGGCCACUCCUGUGCCCCUCUACUGGUGAGAGGCCCACCACGGCCUCAGAAGCGAGAGAGAGCCCAGUACUUCCAACUCUCCAGACACGGGAGUUUUUCGUCAGAAGACGCCGAUUCUCAGAACUCCUCCGAAGACGCCGUGGACUCCAGUAGCACGUGGUCCAUGGAACUGCAGGGUCUCCGAGGCGGCGGGGCUCAGGAAAAAGGACUGGGGAUCCUCUACUUGGAGAACCACAGUCCAAGCAGCGGUUCAGGUCCGGUGAAACCAGAGACUUGAGGUGCUGGAGUUCUGGAGUUUCUUCUAGGUCUUCUUCUAGCUGACCGAUCUGGUGCUGAAAACAUUCCUUGGUAGUUCGGGAGCUCCAAUAUCCCAGCUGGAUUUUCGCCCCAAGCCCAAUUCUGCUCCUUCGCUCUUGACAGGGCAAGCCCCUGGUGUAUAUAAAGAGAGCAAACCCCACUCCCAUCUAGCACUGAUGGUGUUACCUUGGCAGGUAAUGAAACGUCUGC